CUCACUGACUGAACGCUGCGGUGCUCUCACACCGACACUCAAACUCUGAAAACAUAAUUACACGCAAAAGCAGAAUGUGUGGAUAUCAUGCAGUCACAUGAAACCACUUUAUUUCUAGCUGAUAAACACACGAACCACCUCUGCUCUUCCUGUUUUUGGUGUGUUUCUCUCUGUGUGUGAUCGGAGGGGGACACUGGAUUCAGAAACGGGGAAAAACAGGAAUGUUUCUUCCGGUUCCAACGAGUGUAAAAACCGAACGGAAGCCGAUGUGGUCUUUGUAGCCUGUCAGCAUACUCUUGUCCUCCUACCUUCGCUUCCGCUACCCGUGCCUCAUUGAACUCUGUGCGACUCAGCUCUGCUGCCGGCUUCAGUUUCCCCCCAACUGCAGGAAAAACCAUUGAGACAGGAGAGAGGCCUCUUUCUCCAGGACUGCAGCCGGCUUUUCUCAGAGCUCUGACCAACCCCUCUCCUCUUCCUCCUCCUCCUUCCACUUCAUAACCAUAACUUCCAAACCUCAGGCCAGUUGCUCGCUGCUUCACCACAGACACGGUUGGCAUUCAUUCUUACUGGGCAGAAGGAUCAUCGUCCAUUGUCCCCUGACUGACUCCGGAGUGGUGCACCUUCAGUGGGGGAGGGAGGGGAAGGAAGGCAGCUGAACGCCGUGCUGCUUUCCCCGGAGAUGAAGCUGCAGGCUGUCAUGGAGAACCUGCACAGGCAGCAUAGGGCCAAGCUGCUGAUGGAGCAGCAGCUACAGCAGCAGGCCGCCGCCCAACAAACUCAGGUCCUCACAAUUGUUGGAGGAGGGGAUGAGCCGAUGGGGAGCCCGGCCCCUGAGGCGGAGCAGGCCCAGAUGGCAGCGCUGGCGGCCAUGCGUGCCGCCGCGGCCGGGCUGCAGAGGGUAUCAGACAGCCCCAUGUCAGAUCGCAGCAGUGGUGGCGAGGACGAAGGUGAUGACGAUGACAAUGAAGAUGGCGAGGAGCAUUACAAGGACAUGAUGGGGUCAGAUGAGGAGGAGCAGAUCAAACAGAAAUGGGACGAGGAAGACUUUGAAGGCGAGAUGGAAGAAGACUUUGAUGACGACCUGUCGGAAGAGGGUCUGCCGACGGGCCAUGAUGCGGUGGCUCCUGGGAAAGGCAUCCUUCUGCUGCCCCACCGCCAACUCCACCCUCAUUCCCAGCUGCUAAAGGCCCGUCCCAGUGUCGAGCAGGAGGCCCGCGUAGCAAUCCUGCCUCCCCACGCCACGCACAGCCAUCUGGGCGGCCAGGACCACGGAGAAUGGACCUACGAGGAGCAGUUCAGACAGCUGUAUGAACUGGAUAGAGACCCAAAGAGAAAAGAGUUUCUGGAUGACCUCUUCAGCUUCAUGCAAAAAAGAGGAACCCCAGUGAAUCGUAUUCCCAUCAUGGCCAAGCAGGUCCUGGAUCUGUACAUGCUCUACAGGUUGGUGACAGAGAAGGGCGGCCUGGUGGAGGUCAUCAACAAGAAACUGUGGAGGGAGAUCACCAAGGGACUCAACCUGCCUACCUCAAUCACCAGUGCAGCCUUCACCCUCCGCACACAAUACAUGAAGUACUUGUACCCAUACGAAUGUGAUAAGAGGGCACUGAGCAACCCUAACGAGCUCCAGGCAGCCAUCGACAGCAAUCGGCGGGAGGGCCGACGACAGAGCUUUGGCAGCUCCCUCUUCACCUACUCGCCCAAUGGGACGCCCACAAUGCUCUCCUCGCCGAAGCUCCCCUCAGCCAGCGUGGGCCUGACAGUGGGCACCAACGGGGCCUCGCUGACCACCAUCCAGAAGAUCAAGAAAGAAGAGGAGGGAGGCCAGACGCUUCCGGGGCUCGGUGUGGCUCGUCUGCCAGCGGGAGCUCUGGCUGGGCACUCGGUGGCUGCUGUGCAGGCAGCAGCAGCUCAGGCAGCCAUGGCGGCUCAGGUGGCGGCUCUGGAGCAGCUGAGGGACAAACUGGAGGCCGGCGAGCCACCAGAGAAGAAGAUGGCGUUGCCGGCCGAGGAGCACCAACGACUGCUGCAGAGAGCACUGCAACACAACCUGCUGGCCAUGACCGCUCAGAUACCCAUGAACAUCCGCAUCAAUAACCAAGAGGGCAGGCAGGACUCAGCCCUGAACCUCACAACCAACGGCACAAGCAGCAUCAGCAUGUCAGUGGAGCUCAAUGGAAUAAUGUAUACUGGUGUUCUUUUUGCUCAGGCAGCAGGAGGGUCAGCCCUGUCCGGUGCACCUGGAUCGUCCGUCUCCAACAAGACGGUCAGCAGUCGUGUCGCUCCGCAGCAGCAGCAGCAGCAGCAGCAGCAGCAGCAGCAGCAGCAGCAGAACACACCUACCUCAACCUCAACUUCCAGCAACCCAUUGUCUUAACAAACCCCCAGCCUUUCCGCUUUUAUUUUUUUUAAUUACCACGCUAAGUAAAGCCAAAAAUCAACCUCAUUUUCUACAUAAUCUAUGCCAAAAAGAGAAGAACCAUAAACUGUACAGAACGACACAAACUGAAACUCAGAUCACUUGAAGUACACUAUCUCAGGUUUUCUCUCACCAACUCACCUCUUUUGUUCUUCAUAGCCAAAAUGAUUUCGGAAAAAAAAAGAAAGUAUAUCUCAACUGAGAGCCAGUAUAUGCUAAACAAAUAUGUAUGCACAACCUGUGAAUUAUUUAUUUCUGCAUAAAUGUACAGAUUAUCGGAGAACAAAAGAGAAGGUAAUAACUAGGAAGGGUAAUGCACUGUUUACACACACAAACACAGCUACUGAUUGACAGCAAUGUUUUAUCCUCUAGGGGAGAGAUUUUUUUUAUUUUAUUUUACCUUUUCAUUGUCAUUAGUGUCAUUAUUGUUAUUCUCUUUACUGUGUUUUAUCAUUUAAAUCUUUAACAAUCCUCUCACUGCAGGAAAAAAAAUUAUAUAUUUAGAAUUCUAUAAAAAAAAAAGAAAAUAUGAAUAUUCUCUAUUUUUAAUCAGAAAAGCUUUAAAGGUAUGUGUUGUUUCGUCAGGGCAUAUAACAAUUUACCGUUGUGACCUCAUUUUGUGUAAAACCUUAUUUACAUGGCAGCCAUUUUGGAUCUCUGUUUGGUCCGGUGCAGGUGUGUGCUCCCAUUUUGAUACACGUCAUAUCAAAGCCACAGAUUUCUCCAAUGAAACACAAAUUUAAAACAAGAAUCUGAAAGAGAAUUUGCAAGAAUAUCGGUUCACUUUUUUCACACAUUUGAUCCAUUAUUGCUACCAUCUGGGUAGUAGCUACUUAGCUACAAUGCUUCGUAGCGGAUGAAUUCAAGCAGUUGUUGUGGUUCUUCUUCCUGAGAACAGCUCUCUCUUUUCUAUCUCCUCACCUGCUUGUUGACCUAAGGCCAGUUCAAUGCAGAUCUGCGCCGAUCUCAUUUGUCAAGCUUAGUGUUCAAAAUGGCUGUUUUUGAGUAAGGUCAGGUGUGCAGGUGGGAAAAAUGAACUAAAGCCUUUCUUGAGGGUUUUUCUUCCCCUUUGCUGCACCUCAACACGCUGGACUUUCCAAGCCUCAGCGGCAUCCACACCGACUGUUGCUGUUUGAGGUUCAGAUUGUAUGUGAAUAACACACGAUUGUUCUCAGGUGUCCAAUCUGCUCAUCGCUUUGUACAACAUCUUGACAGAGCAAUGCUUUUCAACAUCUUUCUCUGUGGAAAGAUCAAUUUUCAGCUUUUUUUUUUUUCUAACCUAACUUGGCCUUCUAGUGGAGUGAUUGUCUUAAGGUCAGAUGCAUGUCUGUAUUUGUAGAUAAAGCCCUUCAGCGAUCAGGAGUGAGGCAGGAGAACUAUGGCUUCCUGUCUUAAAGUCACAAGAACUGUGUAUUCACUAAAUCCUUGUCAUUGUGGAGACACUCACAUGGACAAUCAGGUGUCAGGAGAUGCAAUGUGAGCUUCAGAAGAGGUUAUCUCAGCUCACAUCUGACAAUUUGUUUUGUAUUAUAGAUUACAGAUGCUUUUAUUUUUUGUUUAAGCUUUGUGUUUUGCAUGACUUAGUGCUUCUUUGGAUCCAAGCAGUUCUUAUCCUGAGCUGCGACAAGGACCGGGUCUCCUUGACACGGGCAAGGAUAUAACAGAGAAUGUCUUGGGAUCCUCUCACUGUUUUUAGAUGUUGCUUAAUCGGGGCUUUUGACAAUGUGAUCUCAGAGGUAAUCAUAGCUGCGGCUGAGCGCUCGCCAUGUCUGUGUUUGUACGAACACACACGCUGCAGUUUUAUAAGAGGUUAAAUCGACCACAGUGGAGAUACCAUAUCAUUCAUGUGUAGCCGUGUUGCUGCAAGUAGAUCAUUCAUUUAGCUUUUUGAACUUUAACCUGUGUUACCUCUCUGGACUGUUAAAGAUUGUUACUCUCCUCCCACCGACCCUGACCCCCUAUGCAAAGCAGCCUCAUUCCUACUGACGCUAGGAAGAAAAUCAGGCUUUGUAUGUGGGUUCUGUUCUGAGGCCUUAACACAGCAUGAGAUGACCAGAGAGCGAGCAGUACCUCCGUCUAAUCAGUUUUUACUGUUGUAGUCAAAUAUCACCAGAUGGCUGUCGCUGCUUUGAUUCUGGACUCGCCUCUUGGUAGGAAAUCACCACCAGCUGCUACAUAAACACCGGUCAGUUUUGAAAAUACUCUUUAUACUCGGACAGCCAAAAACUCUUAGUCAAAGACGCGUACAAUUAUUAAAUGCUCUCCACUCUCCAGCCUCACUUGUUUUAGUACUUACAGGGAAAGAAUUUUAAAAGUUCAUCAGAGGCAGAACUAGAAGUAGAGACAGGAUAUCAUUGGUUGACUUAUAUGUCAGUAUAACAGAAAACCGGUGUGUUUCAGUAGUAACGAAAAAGGAAUUCUGGUCAAAAUAUUAACAGAACUUGAAACAGAAAUACUAAUGUGUUUUAGGUGAGAAGCAGCAAAUUAAACCAGUUUGUAACUAGCGCUGCACGAGUUAGUCAAUUAACCAAUCACAGAAAAAUAAUCUGCAACUAAUCGAUAAAACAUUGGUAAUUUUUCAGUCAGAAAUGGCAGAAAAUGCUGUUUUUCAGCCUCACAACUCUGGACUUUACUUGCUUUCUCUGUUGGACGUCAUUAAAUUCAAUAUCUUUGGGUUGUGGAAUGACAAAACAAGACAUUUAAAGACAUCGCCUUGAACAUUUAGAAACUGGGAUGGACAUUUUUCACGAUUUCCUGACAUUUAAUAGACCAAACUAUUAAUCAAUGAAUCGUUAGUUGCAGCCCUGUUUUUAACUCACUCUCAAACUCAUCGAUGUGUUGAUGUCGCCACCUACAGGCAGCGAGUGCUACUGCUGCACUUAAUUGCUUCGUAGUUGCUGUUUUCUUUGUGUGUUUGAGGUUUUACAUUUUUACAUGCCAGGAAAACUGGCCAGAUGUCUCUAAUGGCACCUCAGCUUCACCCAGCUACAGCCCUGUGACAUACACAAACACGCACACACACUACACAGGACCAAGGCAAAGUUCAGAGGCUAUCAAAUAAUAAUGGAGAAUCAUUGCAUCUCACUAACCCUUAGUGCUCUUUUAAUACUCAGACAGAAACUCACCUAGUGGCUGCAACACCAACUGUAAUAUUUUUUAAUUAAUCUUGAGCCUUCUGGGGCAUUUGUUAUUAUUUUAAUGGGACCUAAGUUUAUAGCUCAACUGCUCAACACCAAACACAGAACUUAGUGAUGUGUGUUAAGGAAGCUUGUUUUGGCGGUUUAAAAUAAUAGAUGGAAAAACCUCAAACACUCAUGGAGAGUGGUUAUUAAAGAGAAAAACCUGCAGUUGGCACAAGUGCAACAGACUGACUGAAGGGUGGCACAGGUCUGCCGCCAGUGCACCUGAAACAGCUGCUGUUGUCGUGGUUCUAUUACAAGACAAAGUCUGAACCACAUCGAGGCAAAGCAGCAAAUCAACAAAACAUUGUAGGGCUAGCUUUCUUCUAUUUCUUCAUUUUCUAAAGCUCCUCAGUAACAGCAGCUCUCAGGCUCUGACCACCAAUGUUUAACUCAACCAAUGAAACCGCUUUUAUGUCUGAGAAACAUUUGCAGAAGUCGUUUUACAGAUGGAGAAGAGAUGCAGUUAGUCGCAGUCAUGUGUCUCCACAGUGAAUUUAGCUAUUUGGGGAAGAGCUAGUUUGUUUUGCAGAUGUCGCUUCAGUCCGGCAGACCAAUCAACUGUUUUGCCUUUUACAAUUUAAAUAGCAUUCAUUCUGUUUUGAUGCAGUCUGAUUUCCACACUCACAACACCAUUUGAUUAUUGAUCAGGCUCACAGUAUAGAUGCGUUACAGAGGAAUGUAUAUAGCCUAUGCAGUGAAACCUGUAGGGAACAUGUCAAACAGGCAGUGCCUUCUGGCUGCGUCCUCGCUGUGGACAUAUGAGUUGUGUUGAGAGUCGUGUACACAUGCGCACUAACAAUAGACACCUUUGACUAUAUUUAUACCUUGACUACAUGUGUUAAGCAACAGUCAUCUUGAGAUUUUUAAUUCCAAGAAACAGGGAAAGUGGUUAAAUUAGCUUUAGCUACGGCUCUGUCUCCAGCUAGCUGCAGUAUUUUAACUCUUUUAUAGUUCUUAUGAAUUUUCAAUGCUGUUUUUUUGUUUAAAACAUACGCAUUUGAUAGUAUUAUAGUUUCUCUGGUUAAGUACAAUCAAAACAGGUUCUGGUCUUAACUAAAUUUUGACCAAAUGUGUAGUCACUGUCUUUUGCCUUCGUAGGGCAGAACAGUCUCUACAGUGAUACUGAUGUAUGCAUGCUAUGCUAAUUUAUAGGUUUAUUGGCCAUAGAUAGAAAGACCCAGUAUGAAAAAAACAUUUGUGGAUUCCUCCAUGUAAGGAGCUGUUAAUUUUAUCAGCUGCGAUGUAAACAUUUUUUCCUACUCAGUCAGUUUAAGGACACAGAGAAAGCCCAUCAUGCCUCUCUCUGCAUGAGUAGCAGAUGUCACAGUCGCUGGUAAUGGCUGACAAUCAAAUAGAGACAUGCUGUGACUGAAAGCAUUAGUUGGGGGGGAGGGCGGCUGUAGAAAGCAAAAUUCAAUCAAUACUGAUCUAAAGGAUCAACAUUGCUUCUUUAGAGUUGACCCCAUGACCUUUUGGCCCCUGAGGCAACAUUCAAGCACCUGCCCCCUUCAGUGGAUCCAUGUUUAUCAUAUAUAGCUAUCGACCGUCUCCGUGAGAUAUUUGCAUUUGAACAGCGGAGGUACUGCAGCUCUCGGUCGCUGGCUCCUUUUCAGUACGUGCGCAGCAGCAUCUUCAGGGAAGGUUUUUAAUUGCAUGGCAGCGACAAUCAGGAGAUGUUUUGACAACACUGUAUACCUCCAAACAUCCCUUCAACCGCAAUCAAACCCCCGUUUCUACCUCAAGAACCAAUAAAGCUUUGGCAGAUUGUCUUCGCUUCAGCCGCAGCAGACUGCUGGAGGUUGAGUUCAUGCAGGAAACCCUCAUCAAAAAUGUUGUUGAUGACUUUUAUGUGAAAGAGAUUGUAAUACCACAGACAAUCAGAUAUCAACCUAAGUUAUGCAAGGGGAACAAGAGACGUCGGUGUAGCUGAGGGUUCAAAACCUGUACCAAUAGCUCCCCUCAGUGGAAGGUUUUUGUUAUGACGCACAAUCAGUUUCUAAAUGGUAAUGCAAAAAGGGUCUGAGCUUAGACUGCAAUGAUUCAGCGUACUGCAGUCUGAACAUUAACUGCAAAACAAAUGCAUUUCAGUGUUCAUAUCUUCAUUUCCUUCCAGUGUUUCCUCAGUGUUUUCCUAGUUGAGCUGACGAAGCCUCUUUAGAUCAUCUCGGGACACUAAAUGCUCCACUGAAACCAGACUCAAACUCAAAUAAUCAAACACUGUCUAGCUUGUUUCUCUGUAGCUAUAGUCCGACAUGUUCCUCCAUAUAAUCAAAAACAUCAGAGCACUGUAGCUGUGGAAACUGUAUCAGUCUUAACUCUGCUAUGAGAGAAAAGACUCUCUAGCAGGUUGUGGUUCGGACUGGCAUUUUUAUUUCUGAAUGCUACCAGCUGCUUUUUAUGUGUCUGUGUUUUUGUAGCCGCUUUGUUUUUAUCAUGCUCACACAGGAGUUUGCAUCUGCAGUUCUUGGCUUUUUUUUAUUCGUCAAACUUACAUUAUAGUCGUGUGGUACAGCAGUUUAAAUGCUUGGGUUGAUUUCAAAAGUCUGCUUGUUUGGUGCAUUCAUGUGCAAGUAUCAGGAUUUUGCAGCGAUAGAUGUCCAUUUAAAUUUUGUCAACAUGUAAAAAUCCCAGGUAAACAAUCCAUCUUAUUGCAUAAAAUCUCCUCAAGAACCUGAACAACCCUGUCCCAGAAUGUUUGUAUUUUUAUACAUGUGAUUGGCACUCGUCUGCUCACUCUGUCUCCAGCGUUGCUGCUGUUUUUUUUGUUUUGUUUUGUUUUGUUUUCUAUGUGGUGUGUUAUAAAAAAGCAGAUUACAUUUUUAAUCUCAUUCUCAAAGCAAAAUGCAUUUUGUUUGUCCUGCAGUGUGAUAUCAGGACUAAAGGAAGGUAGUAAAUCAAUCAGCACAAACCCUCGGAGUCUCCUGUGGUCGGCUUGCUCACUCUUUGUCAUAACUUUCAAGCAUUUUUCAUUGAAAUAUUACUGCUUUGAUUCCCACAAAGGCCUGUAGCUAAAGGACCUCCUAAAACCUUAUAGAUCCCAGAGUGUCUUGCAUGGAAAGUUGACUCCUGUUCCCACAUGCUGCCGACAUGGAAAUCCUGCUGGAACAUUUACGGGUUAAGGUGCAUGUGGGGUUUAGGGGCUUUUGACUGAACUUCACCACUGACGUUACCUCCAUCAGGGCGACUGUGGGCAAGGAAAAUGAGUAAUGACGAUAUGCCUUCUGCUGUGACAAUUGUUGUAUGAAUUAACCUGUAUUACUAAGAUUCAUUUAAUAGAGUAUCUCUGGAAUAUGGCUUUUUAGGGCUAUGAAUUGUACCUUUGUUUUUUCUUUGAUAUGCUGUAGCAACCCGGGCACACAGAGAUUACAUUCAGAGCAGAUUUAUUAAUAGAGUGACAAUAAUGAUGAUGAUUAAUAAUGUGAUUAUUUUAGGGAAGCAUGUGAUGUGCGCGUGGGCUUCACGUGUCUUUGAGUUAACUUCACAUUUAAAACAAGGCUCUUGCUCUUACAACUUCUCAGGAAAAUCUACCUCUACCUCCAGUUUGAUGCAUUUAAUCCAGUUCAAGUUACAGUUUAGUGGGUACAAAAAGAGGGCAUGGAAGUGGGCACCAGUGUCUGAAAUGAACUCCAACAUACCGGUGUAGUACUUCAGAUUAGUUAUGACUUCAACAAGUACUGUGGUGUAUUUAUAUAAUUAUAUUGGCUGGAGACAAAUAAGAAGCAGAUGUAUAUUUAUCACCAUGGUCGGUGAGUGAGAGAUUUAUUUUGGACUCUGGGGUGUCUUUCUCUGUCUCUCUGUUUCUCUCUCCGUGUUACAGGUUCGUAACACAUCUGCUGUUUAGUUUAUUUGCGCAUCAACAGGGAACCUCCAGCUCAACAUUUAAGUACUACAACAAGUAGUUGUCGUACCACUUCUAAUACCACUGUCAGUACUGCGAGUCGUUUUUCACUCUGUUCUUUUAAUGUGUGCUUAUUCCUCCUUUUUCUACAAAUGAUUACCUUUUUUUUUGAUGAAUGGGAUAUUUCCCAGUAACCACGGUAACAGUGAAGUGGAGGUGGGCAAUGCAACUGUUUUGUUUUUUUUAAUCCUUUUUGUUUUCUUUGUUUUUUUUUGAAGAGUGAAGAGCUGUUCUUGCCUAUUUACUCAAUAUGUGUUUGUGUGAAUACUUUUAUUUUGAAUCUGAAAUUAAUAAAAUAUCAUCUUUCUUAAAUGUCA